AUGGACAGAUAUGAGGGUGCGGAAUUUCGAUUACCACCAAUUGAAGGCAUAUUGGAACCAGAUUUUCGAAUACCAUUCAUUUCUUAUUUUCUUCUAUUUCAAAUUGUUGGCUAUUGCAUUCGGAUAUAUGCAUGGAAGAGCUACAGCGGUUUCAAACAAUAUCGAUUGCGCAAUCUAACGCUAUGUGUAAUUCAUUCAAGUAUCAGUGGCCUGUGGUCAUUUAUAUUUUCCAUAACCCAUCAGCAAGUAAUGCUAGAAGAAACGAUACAUUGGUACAGUUUGUGGGCCGUACAACUUCCAAUUCUAUCUAUGGCAUAUUUCAUUUGUGAUACGAUGGAUAUGCUAAGACAUGAAGUCUCGAGAUGGACCAUCGAAUUACUAUUUCAUCAUACUGCAAGCGUAUUUGCUUUCGCUUCAGCCGUUCUUUCUCGUAAAUUCAUCCCUUACGCUUACUGGGCUCUUUUAAUGGAAAUUAAUAGAUUUAUUUUAUUUCGAUUUGCUGUACAAAUAUGGCAGAUUAAUUGGGCAUGGAUAAAUCGCCAUCAUUUUCAUAUCUUUUAUUUGGGAAUUGCAUUUAUUGGUGGAGGAUUUUUUCUCAUCAUUAAUGCCAUUUUGUUUGUACGAAUUUUAGCAUCUGACGGAUAUUUGGGAGAAUUUGGCCGACAAUAUACGGCCAUUGGCCGAUUUUAUGUUGCGGCGAAAUGA